AUGGCAAGGUCUGUUUCUCAUGAAAGUAGCCAGUGGAAUACGGCAGCUCACAUUAACCGCGUCGGCGUUGUUCAGCCCCAGCUGAAAACAAACAUUCCUGAAACGAAAGUUGACGACGAACUCGAUAAUCGAGCAAUAAAACCACUCCCAAGCGUCCCCGCGCCCAUGCCUCAACAAACGAGAGGCACGAGAGAUCCAUGGCUGCCAGAUUUGGAGCAGAAGAAGUAUUACUCGGACGAGUUCAUCAAAUUGAGCCAAAAUCCAAGCGGAUGGAUUGCCGGUGAAAAGGCGCGCGAAUUUUUCUUCAAAUCAAAGUUACCCACCGUCGAACUCAGUCACAUUUGGGAGCUAGCAGAUAUUGACAGGGACGGGAGACUGACGAUGCCGGAAUUUGCUAUUGCAUUUCAUCUAACAUCGCUGCGUCGACACGGUUUUCAACUUCCAAGCACUCUUCCUGAUGCUCUUUUGGGCGAAGUUUCUGAUAUGCUUUCGGAUCUAUACGCAGCAGCAGUCGAGAUUGAGAGCGGUCAAGACACGGCGCAACUACCGGACAACGCUAAAACCGACGAAAACUGGGAAACUUUCUCAGAAAAAUCAUUCUCCACUGUUUCUUCAGCUAACACACUGCCCAACUUUGCUGCAAAUGUAAAAGAUGGCGAUCAUUUACAUGCUCCUGUGCCUCUAAGAAUGACUCCAAACUCCAUGGCAGCUCGUAAGAAAGCAGCAACGCUCCCUACGGAACUAUCGCAUGUUGCUGGUUCUGGUUUUGCAAACAUGGAGAGCGCUGAACAAACGACGAAGGAAACUGGUUUGCCGCAAAGUGUUUCGACUCCAUCCAAAAACUGUGGCACCAUUCAAGCGAAGAGAGAGAUGUAUCUCAAGUACCAGAAACGGCGAUUGACGCAUCGUUCUAGCGACGCGCAGUCGACAACGACUUCUGCAAGUUCACAGAGUGACUCCGACAUCGACUUUCAACCAGCCUCGUCUUCAGCAUCGUGCUCAAGCUCUCGAAAAAUCCUUCGCAAUUCGUCAUCGGAAGAAGAAGAGUCUGCCGACAACUACGAAACGACAAACUCGACGCAAGAGAAUUUCGCCGACUUCAAGAAUUUCGACCGUCUUUUGAAGUCGACGGAGAGUCUCAAAGUGACUUCGAAUGCGAAUUCCGAGCUCUCACAGACAGAGCCGAGGUCGGAGUCGAACAGAAAGUCGAAAUCACUUCCUCGGGAAUCCUCACUCAGUCCACGAACAAGUGCGGAUUCUGCAAUCACUCCAGUCCCCCCUCCGCCGCUUCGCGAAUCUGCCUCGCUGCCGGCGAAUACGGCAAAGUCUGUUGAAAAUGAGGAAGAUGUGGCGAAAUCUCGGGAACUCAGCGAAAUCCGCAGCAUGGUCAAUUCGCUCAAAGAACGCAACGCCCGCCUGGAACGACUAAAUCAAGCUCUCUCGGUGGAGCUGAAAGACUUGCUUUCAGAGCGAACGUCGAUAGAAUCCCGUCUGGAGAUUGAGCCCAAAAGCGAAAAAGACGAAAGCAAAUGA